AUGGUGCAGCGUUUUGAUUACGCCAAAUUUCUCGAGUGUGCUGCACUUCCAUCGGUUGAUAGCCUUUCUCCACUUUCUUCUCGAAGGAUUCCUGAUCGUGUUAGAGAUAGAGCUGCAAGUGCCUAUUCUCCAGUCACUUUCAUCCCCGCGGCUCCUUUUAUUGCCUGCCCUCUGAGCAACGCUGGAGCUACCUCUGGUCGCGCGUCGUCAAUAGAUGAACCAAUUUUCCUUUGUGUGGUGGAUAAGGUUCAGGCCAGUGGAUCACGUAUUGACAAAAUGCUGAAAAACCUGUCACAGCUCGGUAGAGUUAUUGUAGAAUCGGAUGUCGGUGCCACUAAUGUUCAAAUUCGUCGACUAGUUCGCCGCUUUCUCUCUUUGACAGAGAAUACGCGCGCGACUCCUAUUUAUCUGGUUGGUUUUGGAUCAUGCUGCGACGUACUACUGACAGCCGCUGCUACCUCCCCGCAACUUUUGCCUCCCUCGAAUGGAGGCGCCCUAGAGGACAUUAUUUGCGGUCGUCUUGCCAGUUUGGAUGCGCCGCCCCCUCUCAAACCUUGGCUUGCCGGUCUUAUCCUCAUUGCCCCUCCUCCAACAACUUAUCGUUUUGACGAAUUGGGCAGCCUUGAUAGCGUCGUUCGUCGAUGCUCCCUCCUCCUGGUCAUCAGUUCAAAGUACCAGAAGGAAGCUACUGCUUUUCGGGAGGCGCUUAUAGCUGCUCGAAAACGAUCGAUGGUAUACGGCGUUGGUGUAUUUCGUGGAAAUGAUUGGAAACCACCCUGUGAGUUUGACCUCCGCAUGCUUGUUAUCGGCGGCUCCGACCACCUUCUGCGAAUGCAUCCUAGCAUCCUACGAAGAUUCGCCACAACUCAAAGUGCCAUCGACUUUGCUAUUAAUAUCGCAAUCAAAAAUCUGGUGGCCGUAUGUCGCUCUCUCGUGAAUACCAAUGCAGCACCCAUGUCCACUCAUGGAAGUAACACUACUGGCAUCAGUCAUGAACAGAUGAGCAACGUAGGUAGCAAUGGAUCGGCCUUCCCGCCUCCACGAUUCACCAAAACCAGCAAAACACAAGAAGCAAGAAAGGGCACCGAAGCUCUAAGUUUUUCACGAAAAGCUGCCAUUCUGCGUGGCGGAACCCAAUCGCGAAAUUACACCGAGCGUCAUCAGGUGCCUCAGUUACGCAUUGCUGGACAGCGUCCGGCUUUCCCUCAGUAUGACGAGCACGCAAAGAUUCCUGGAAGGUCCAGGUCACAUUUUAAGCCAUAG